GGGAUGCUCCUUCUACAACAACAGCUAGUCAGACACCUCCGUAGCUUUCUAGCAAACAUAGCUACAACAUUCACGCUCUUUACACGGUUUUUGUGUAUUUUAGUUGCUGUGUGUGAAAACACACUUCUGUCGUAUGUACCUGUUGGCCCAUUUAAUUAUAUAUUGACGUUGUUUGUCAGCUAGCUGGUUUGCUAAGUUAGCGUAGAACUAGGCUAGUCGCUAAUGCUAGCUAGCUAACAUCUCCGACCAUGAGUUCACUAAGCAACUCUUCUCCUGAUAAAGAUGAGGAGGUCGGCUGGACGGAGAGAGAAACUCUCGUGAAAGAGGAAGAGGAGGAUGUCACAGUACAAAAACAAGUAGAGGGUGAGGCUGUUACCGUGAAAGAAGAAGCGAAAGACGUUUCAGUGAAAGAAGAGGAAGACGCGUUCAGGGUGAAAGAGGAGGAGGAUGUUACAGUAAAAGAGGAGGAUGCAGUUUUUGGAGUGAAGGAGGGGAACAUGACUGUCACAUUGAAAGAGGAGAAGGAGGAGGAAGAGGAGUUUGGAGAUCUGUUUAACACCAGAGAGAGACGAGACUAUCGUGGAUCCUCUCGGGAGCCUCAACAACAUCAUGAUGCUGACGAGGCAGAAAAGAGUCUCUCCACAUCAGAACACCUCAAGAAACACCAGCAGAAACCCACAGGAAAGAAAUCUCACUGCUGCUCUGACUGUGGGAAAUGUUGCAAAUCUUCAUCAGAACUUAAAAUACACCAGCGAGUACACGCAGGAGAGAAAUCUCACCACUGUUUUUACUGUGGGAAGAGUUACUCAUGUUCAGAUUCACUAAAAGUACACCAGAGAAUUCACACAGGAGAGAAACCUUAUAGCUGUGAUCAAUGUGGGAAGAGUUUUACUCAGUCAGGCUGUCUGGUAGUGCACCAGAGAACACACACGGGAGAGAAACCUAACCACUGCUCUGACUGUGGGAAAAGUUUCUCAAGAUUAGAUUCACUAAAAGUACACCAAAGAAUUCACACAGGAGAGAAAAAUUUCCGCUGCUCUUACUGUGGGAAACAUUACUCAAGGUUAAAUUCACUACAAGGACACCUAAGAAUUCACACUGGAGAGAAAUCUUAUAGCUGUGAUCAAUGUGGGAAGAGUUUUGCUCAGUCAGGCAACCUGCUAGUGCACCAGAGAACACACACAGGAGAUAAACCUUAUGGCUGUGAUCAAUGUGGGAAGAGUUUUACUCAGUCAGGCAGCCUGAAAUCACACCAGAGAAUACACACUGGAGAGAAACCUUAUGGCUGUGAUCAAUGUGGGAAGAGUUUUACUCAGUCAGGCAGCCUGAUAGUGCACCAAAGAGCACACACCGGAGAGAAACCGUAUGGCUGUGAUCAAUGUGGGAAGAGGUUUGUUGCAUCUAACUAUCUGACUACACAUCAGCGAACACACACAGAGCAAUCUUAUAGCUGUAAUCAAUGUGGGAAGAGUUUUACUCAGCCAAACACUCUGAUAGUACAUCUGAGAACACACACAGGAGAGAAACCUCAUGGCUGUGAUCAAUGUGGGAAGAGAUACUCUGAUAAAAGAUCUCUGAUAAAACAUCAGACAAUACAUACAUGAACGAGUUGUUUCAUGAUAUCAAUUAAAUAAUGUCACAAUGUAGAAUGUUUUAACAUUGUAGUAGGAGUAUUUUAAUGAUGUCACAAUGUAGAACCCUAAAUGUUUGCCCCCUGUUCUAUUGAUUUCAACAUGAUAUGGCUAUUAACCUCAGGGGGGAAAUCCAGGCUCUGAAAUGAAUGAGUACUAUUUAUAUGAUUCAACAAAGUGAGUAACAAAAAGAGUUGUGUUAUACUUACCACGUUAGUGACCCACUUGAAUCAAAAUGCAGCACUUAAAUGUAGCAAGCUCUUUUCUAGAAAUUGUCCUCUAACCAGUGAUGUACACAUUAUUCACUGAUUCUGUGUGGUUUCUGAGCUGUUAAAAUUAACAUGAUGUCCCCCCUCUCUUGCGCAAUAUGAGUGAUGACAAAUACGUGUUGUGUUUCUCUUAGUGUUGGGGACCCAUAAACUCAAAAUGUAGCUGACUGUCUUCUCCAGGUUGUCCUCUAACCAGGGUGGUAAAAUAUAUCUCCCAUUUCCAUGUUUUUUUUUGUUGUGUUAGUUUCAACAGCAUGUACAAUCAACUGACCAUUUGUUGGUACAAUUAUAUUGACAUUGUUGCCCUGCUUUUAUAAUAUCAGGGUUCAUUCUCGGAUGUGCCAACCCAAAUUUACUAGAGCAUGACAUUGGGGACUGGGCCCCGAUCCAACAACAUGCCUAUCUACUGAACCCUGAAAAGAGAAAGAAGCUCUGCAGUGAGGUGGAAAGUUACUACGGAUAUUGCAGGAGUUUCCUCUUGAAAUCAGACAUGUCUGUGGUAAGGACAACUUGGUUGCUGAUUGUCUCAAGGGUGGGCAGUCAAAACGUUUUGUGUUUAGCCAGUGCGUUGCCAUGGACACAAUUUAUUUUGACUGCACAUUUUCUGUAUUGGAGAUUAGUUUUGUUUGGGCUCUUCCAAAGGGACGAGAUACUACGGAUAUUAAGGAGAGUUCUAGAAACGAGUGAGUUUUAGGAAGAGGAGUUCUAGAAGCUAAAGAGUUUUAGGAGUCUAUAGAAAGAUAAAGGAGAAAAAAUAAUACGAUUGUAUAUUAAUAUUUAGAAAUACGUGUUUUUUCUUAAUUGUUGACAGCCAGUAGACACCAUGUUUAUAUUGGUGAAGGUGAAGCAUUGUAGUUGAUUAUCAUGUGUAAUGGAAGUUUUUUUCUGUUGGUGGUAAGCAAACUUGUCCAACAAAAUAUAGGAUAUAUUUGUUUUCUUAAGGGGGAAGGUGUUACAGGCUUUCGUUUUUCCAUUUAUGCUUUGAGGUUGGACUUUAGCACGUAUAGCUCGUUAGCACGUAUAGCUCGUUAGCACGUAUAGCUCGUUAGCACGUAUAGCUCGUUAGCACGUAUAGCUCGUUAGCACGUAUAGCUCGUUAGCACGUAUAGCUCGUUAGCACGUAUAGCUCGUUAGCACGUAUAGCUCGUUAGCACGUAUAGCUCGUUAGCACGUAUAGCUCGUUAGCACGUAUAGCUCGUUAGCACGUAUAGCUCGUUAGCACGUAUAGCUCGUUAGCACGUAUAGCUCGUUAGCACGUAUAGCUCGUUAGCACGUAUAGCUCGUUAGCACGUAGGACGCACUGAUUGGUGUCACCUCGUUAGUCAGUAUGUGUUACACCUGUGCUGGCUUGUCAAUCUCGUUAGUGGGAAGGUGUUUCACCUGAGCUGGUCCAGGUUCUAUUUAAGAGUGUCUGGCCCAGUGCCCCAGUUGUCUUGAUAAAUGUGGAGCGUCAAUACCUUUUAUUUUAACCACCUUUUUGGUUUGCUUCCUGUCUUUUUGUUUGUUGUGGGUUUUUCUUCUGUUUGCCUCUUCUUGGGCAGAUUUAGUGGGUGUCAUGGUUGCUGUCAGUGACUCUUUGUUAGUUCCCUCUUCUAUCUAAGUGACAUUUCUGGUUUUCCUGCUGGGAAACGUAAUAACAAACAAUGUAGUAAAACAAAUGUAUAUUUUGGGUUGGAUGUUGCAUCCAAUUUUUUAUAUUUUAAUCAAUGGCAUUUCCUUAGAAUGCUCAUUAGACUUCCAGUUGUUAGUCUUGUUUUAUAUCCUCAUGUAUGUUGUGUACUAAAUAUUGUUUCUUUCCUGUGAAGCCAUCACAUUCCAUCCAUGUCUGAAAUGUGUGGUAUAAAUAAAGCUUGAUUUUAUUUGAA